GGCUUUUACUAGCCGACGGCGCCGGGACUCGGGCAGUUCGGAAGGAAGCUGCUGGACGUGCGGCGACAUGAGUGCAAACGUCGACCCCGUGGUCAUCGUCUCGGCGACGCGCACCGCCAUCGGCACUUUCAACGGCGUCCUGUCCACGGUCCCUGUGCAUGAGCUGGGCGCUGUCGUCAUCAAAGAAGCCCUGAGGAGGGCCUCCGUGGCGCCCACAGAUGUGUCCGAAGUCAUCUUUGGGCACGUGCUGGCAGCAGGUUGUGGACAGAAUCCCGUUCGCCAAGCCAGCAUGGGUGCAGGGAUCCCCUUCACAGUUCCAGCCUGGAGCUGCCAGAUGAUCUGUGGCUCUGGCCUCAAAUCCGUCUGCCUAGCGAUGCAGUCCAUAGGUGCUGGGGAUUCCCGCAUUGUGGUCGCAGGGGGCAUGGAGAACAUGAGCAAGACCCCGCACGUGAUCCACUUGAGGACAGGAGUGAAGGUGGGGGAAAUGCCCUUGAGUGACAGCAUCCUCUGUGAUGGGCUCAUAGAUGCCUUCCAUGGCUACCACAUGGGUAUCACAGCUGAAAAUGUAGCCAAAAAAUAUCAAGUGAGUCGAGAAGACCAGGACAAGCUUGCAGUUUUGUCCCAGAAUCGGACAGAGAUUGCACAGAAGGCCGGUCAUUUUGACAGAGAGAUUGUGCCUGUGCUUGUCCCAUCAAGGAAAGGUCUCACUGAAGUGAAAACUGAUGAAUUUCCUCGCCAUGGCAGUAACUUGGAAAGCAUGAGUAAACUCAAGCCUUACUUCCUGAAGGAUGGAACAGGGACGGUCACCCCCGCGAAUGCCUCAGGACUGAAUGAUGGUGCUGCGGCUGUGGUUCUCAUGAAGAAAUCAGAGGCUGUGACUCGUGGGCUGAAACCAUUAGCCCGGAUUGUUUCCUGGGCACAAGUGGGUGUGGACCCUUCUAUCAUGGGAAUUGGACCCAUUCCAGCUAUAAAGCAAGCUGUUGAAAAAGCAGGGUGGUCCCUGAGUGAUGUGGAUGUAUUUGAAAUUAAUGAAGCCUUUGCAGUCCUCUCUGUGGCAAUCAUGAAAGAAUUGGGAUUAGACCCAGAGAAGGUUAACAUGCAAGGAGGGGCAAUCUCCUUGGGCCACCCCCUGGGUGCAUCUGGCUGUCGGAUUCUUGUCACCCUGCUACAUACUCUGGAGCGCAAGGGUGGAUGUCGUGGAGUGGCUGCCCUGUGCAUCGGGGGCGGGAUGGGGAUCGCCAUGUGCGUCCAGAGAGACUGAGACAGAUGGUCUAUUUCCAUCCUGAAAAUUCCUCAAAACUGGGUGGUCAUGUGUAGUCAGGGCUGAGCCAAUUGAGGAUGAAAACCACCCCAUCAAGAACCCAGGCUUGUCAGUUUUUGUUCUUUUAAUGUGUAACACACAAGGUCCGGGGUGAUGGGCUCUAACAUGGUUAUAAAUAAAGGUAAUUGGGCUCAGUCAUUAA